AUGCUUCGAGCCGUGGAGAAGGCCAGCAAAGCUUUGGCGCUCCGAACGACGUCACACAUGCCUCGUCGACGUACCUCAAGCCUGCCAAGCGGUAUAAGUGGUGACGCAGCUGCUUCGUUGAACCCUUCUCCUGGAUUGCAAUCGCCAUCUCAUCAACCAUCAGCUGCAUUCGCCUCUCAGGCCGUUCCCACAACGACGGCCUCCGCGGCGGCUGCAUGGAAACCGCCUCGGAAGCAAGAAGUUCAACUCAACAGCGACGCGAUCGACGAUCCGCGCGGUGGGCCUUUAACCUUGGACGCCCUCCACCUGAAUGUCCUGGCGAAGACUGACCAUUUCCUCGUCCUCAACAAGAACGCUGAUGUCCGUUUGGAUGGCGAUUUCAACGUGACAAUUGAAAAGGCGAUGCACCGCGAUUACCCAGACAUUGACAAGUUUCGAUGGAUCCAUCAGCUUGAUUUCGCAACGUCCGGUGUGAUGUGCGUUGGAUUGACCAAAGAAUCUACCGCUGCAGCCAGCGGACUCUUCGCGAAGAAGUGCGCCGAGAAAGAAUACCUGGCCCUCGUCCACGGCACGAUGCCAUUCGUUCCACCACGCGGCGCAAAAUGUUGCACGUUUUCCCGUGUCGCUGACUUUAUCUAUGACAAAGAUCACCCGAAAGUGAUCCACCAGCAUCAGCACAAAUUUACCAAGCAAUUUAAAGGUCCUCGCACGGGGCCCUCCAUAUUUGCCAUGGAUCAAGGCCUCCUUCGUCGAAAGUUGGCGGCGGGUGGCACCGAUCCAACUCCGGCUGAAGCCGAUUUCCUUCGAAAGGCGUGGAACGACUUAUCUGACGACAUUCAGAAAACGUACUUCGAUCGCGCAGCGGCCGACAAGUUGCGAUUUGAUGCCCAAGUGAAAUCCAUGGCUCUUGAUCCAUUGCCUCAAGUGCGAUACGAUAUUCCGCUCUUACAGCCCCAGGGUAUCACUGGAUGCUCCACCGAAACGAGUGCUGGGUUGCGAUCCUGCCAACGCCUUCGAUCCUUCUCGGACGCGUCACAUUCCGCUAUGUCGAAGCGAUCUCGACUCAACAGCGACGACCCCUAUGCGCCCACUGAACCCAUGGGCUACAUCUUCGACGACCCCAUAGCGGCUUCGACGACUAACUCUUUUCAAAUGGAGAUUUCACCUACUGGCAAGAUGUCAACGACCUUGGCGUUUGUUUUGGGCCACGGAACGUUUGAAGGGAAUCCCGUGACGAAAUUGCUUCUGCGGCCACUAAGUGGUCGUCGCCACCAGCUUCGACUGCACCUCAGCCACCAUGGAUACCCCAUCGUUGGCGAUGUCACGUACGGCAGCGAAGAGGACCCUGCCCCACGCAUGAUGUUGCAUGCUUGGAAACUGAACCUGCGGUUCCCUCCCGACCAGCAACGAGUGUACGGGUCGACGAUGUACAAAUCGCCAGAUCCGUUUGCCUCCAUGGUGAAGUCCCCACCGCCCAUGUUGACUACCAUCCAUUUGAAAGCCGUCCAUCGCGGCGACAAGCCCAUCUCCUCGACCAAAAAAGCCGCUGCAACCUAG